AUGAAUCUUGCUCGUACAGUUGGAUGCAGUAAAAUUGAUAUCAAUUCCGACAACAUUGAGGUCAUCGAAGCUCUUAAAGACGGAAAUUCUUCUUUGGUUGCUAGCGCAAUUUUUGACGAUUGUUAUUUUAUGUCAUUAGAUUUUGAUCAUAUUGUUUAUGAUCAUUGUAAUAGGGAAGCUAACCAGGUAGCUCAUGAAAUGGCGAGAUUAGCUAAAUUUUCUACGCUUGGUUUUUGGAUGGAUACUGUCCCUAGUGCGGUCAUUCCUUUGCUUGUAAAUGAUGCCACUGUUUUGGUGAUUGAGUAA